AGUCUCUAAAUCUCUCCUGUUCUUUCCUUGUCAGAGUAUCCCAUUCUUAAUCACCUUCUCAAGUUUCACACCAGGGCUCGCACUCCAGGCUGGCCUUCCAGUGGCCUGGCCUCUCUCUGACCUGUGCCUCUGGCCUCAAACCAGCACCACACUGCCCGAAGACCCUGUAGUUGGCCAGCUCUGACUGGGGCCCUCUUCUGCUUAGGGUCUCACUGGAUACCAACCAGAGGCCUUGCUGGGGGACCGUGGCCUUGCUAUAGUACUGCUGGUGUGACAGGUCCAGUCUUGAACCCUGAUGCCAGGAAUAAGGCUAGAAGUGCUUGGGCCUAAUCUCCGUAGAAGUGGUACCAGGAAAGGAAAUGGGGACUCUGACCAUCACACAGCAAAGCUUUCCCAUUCCCUGCCUGAGGAAGGAUGGGCAUGGGGAUUACUUAUAUACUUGUAAGAGUCAUAUUAACACACCAGACAAAGAGGCAAAUUGAAAGGGGGGCUGAUUAAAGUAUUAUUUUGGGGGUCAAAGUUAUAAAUUUCAGAUGAAACAAAAUAAUAUUUAAUACUAGAAGAAGUAUUAGAGAUCAGGAAAUGCAACGAAUUCAUUUUAGAGUAGAGGAAUCUUAAGCUGGACAGGUUAACUGAUUUCCAGGUCUGUCGUGCCUUCCAAUCCUAAAGGCUUUCAUGAGACAUUUUUAAGACACUGACACUUUUGCCAGUCCCCACUACCCCUCUGUUCUCUGUAUGAGGUUGGCACUGAUUUUGUACAGCUGUAUACUGGGACCAUAGGAUUUGCCUAACAGUUUACAAAGAUCAGAAGGGAAUCAGAGGUGGUGUAUCAGGCUACCCACCUCCUUCCCUUCCCCCACCAUAGUGAGAAUUAGUAAUAUUUAUUAAGCAAGGCAUUUUGUAGAGGUUGGAGAAACCAGAAUCUUACCAGAAAUCAGAACUUACAAUACCGUAUUAUCUUACAUCAUUAGAGGGAGCUAAUUCUGGACCAUGUGGCACUCGUUGAAUUAGAUAUUAGCGCUCUGGGUUCUAGUUUUAUUUCUUCCAUUGAUUCUCAUUAAGACUUAGAAAUGGUUUCGUUCUUGGGCCAUAAAAUGAGAUUCAGUCCUGAAGUCCUUAUAUCUCAUACCUUUUGUGAGUCACAGUCUCAUGAUACUUUUUUAUUUUAGUCAUCAAUCUCUUGAACCCUAUUAUUUGUUUCAAGAAAUUUUUAGCCAGGAUGUAGACACUAAUUAAAUUAUAUGCUGAUGUGAUAGGCAGCUUAACAGUUUAUUGAACCACAGGCUGGAAAGAGUCUGGGAAUGUAUAAUGGUCCAUAGCUUCAAUUUUAAGGCAGAACUAGAUCCCAAACCUAUGCAAAAUAAUUUGGGUUGUUAUAUAUACCUCAUUAGCUUUAUAAAAUAGAAUAUACCUGCUUUUGAGUAUUCACAGACUUAGAGAGUAAACUAGAGAAUAAUUAUUAUAAAAUAAUAUUUUAUAAUAUUAUUUUACAAAGGGAUUUGACCACAGAAUUCUUUUCAGUAGUGAGUCCUUGUGCGUGUAAAAUAUAACAUGAUUUGCGGAAGCUUAGUUUAUGUGCAUCAGAAAUACAUGGUUGUUUAUAUUUACGAUGCAUAGUUGUCUGCAUAGUGCUGAGCAUGUGCAUGCCAAAUGUGCUUUCUGGGAAUUUUCUAUGGUUUGAGAGGCUUUUUUGCUGUUACGUUGGAACUUUACACACCUUUCUUCCCUCACUCUCCGUGUUCCUCCCAGUCAUUCAGGCAGCGUUUGUUUGUGAAGCGAUUAGCUCAAUAUGGACAGCAUCUCUGGUUGUGGAAUGAAUUGCCCAGUUAGGAGAUGAACUUCUGCCUGGGGAGGUUGGAUGUUUUCUGUAAUGGCAGGAGCACGGACCGUGUACAAACAGGUUUAGGCUCACUAGCAUUAAGCAAGAUACUUAACCCUCAGAAUCUCAGUUUUUCAUUGGUAAAAUGGGAAUAAUAAUUAUAGCAAUAAUAGUAAAGUUGAUACUACAUCAUAGAUGAGAAUGUUUAUCUUUUCCGAAGGAGACACUCUGCCUUUCCCCUCCAAUCCAGGGAGCAGCCGGAAAGCAGGAACAAAAUAGUAGCCCUGGGAGUAAUAGCUUCUAAGGCCAGCCUCAGGUUUAGGCAAGCAGGGCUGCUGGUACUAGCAGGAUUCAGUGUGAAAUCGAUAGCCUAGUGUGUUGGUUAAACCCUUGGCCUUCAGAGCAGAGCCUGGGUUCUACUGGACUAGCUCUGUGAUCUUGGAAAGGUCACUUAUCUGGUUAGUGCCUCAGUUUCUUGAUCUGUAAACUGAGGAUAAUAGCACCUGUUUCAUCAUGUUGGGAGAUCACGAGUGUUAAUCUGUGUACAAGGCUCAGAACAGUUCCUGGCAUAUGAUAAGUCUUUGUGUUUGCUUCAGUCUGUUGCAGUGAAAAUCUUUUUUUGUUAGAGUUUAAUGCAAGCUUUAAAAACAUUGCAUGGAAUGACUACAUGCUUUAUAAAGAUAACCGAUAUUUUCUAUUGAGGAAGCUGUUCUUUCCCAACAGUGCUAGGCCCGGAGAUACAUUUGCUCUUAGAAGUCUGCAUCAGCCUUUCAUCUCUUCCUCUCUCCCUGCAUGUCCACUCUGUACAGCUUUUGUUAUUAAUGUGGAGCAGUUGAAGUCACUGACUUGGGUGCAGGCCAGACCAGUGUUUCUGUGGGCAUAUAUUACUUUCCUAGACUCUGGCAGGAGCAGGAUGAUGGAAGUCAGAGGUACGGGGAAGCUGUCGUUUUAGGCAGCCCACAUAAAAGGCAUGGAAGAGGAGAUGGUUUGUGUUACGCAGUGGUCGCUUAACUGGAGAUCCAGAUGUCCUGGAGUAUUACAAAAAUGAUCAUGCCAAGAAGCCUAUCCGUAUUAUUGAUUUAAAUUUAUGUCAGCAAGUUGAUGCUGGAUUGACAUUUAACAAAAAAGAGUUUGAAAACAGCUACAUUUUUGAUAUCAACACCAUUGACCGAAUUUUCUACUUGGUAGCAGACAGUGAGGAAGAGAUGAAUAAGUGGGUUCGUUGCAUUUGUGACAUCUGUGGGUUUAAUCCUACGGAGGAAGAUCUUGUGAAGCCCCCUGGCAACUCUGCCCAGGCGCCAGCCGAUUUACCUUUGGCGGUCAACACAGCACCGCCGUCCACCCAGGUAGAUUCAUCCUCCGCUGCUCCACCUCCUCCCUAUCAGCUAAUUAAUCUUCCACCACACCUGGAAACUGUUGGCAUCCAAGAGGAUCCUCAAGACUACCUCUUGCUAAUCAACUGUCAAAGCAAGAAGCCUGAACCCACCAGCCAAGGGUCAUCUUUUGUUUCUGAAGAAGGAGAGGAAUACCUACUACUAGAAGAUUUUGAAAGCAAAACGAUUCCGUUGCAAACACAUGCUGAUUCUGCAAAAUCCACCUCUUCUGAAACAGACUGCAAUGAUAACGUCCCUUCUCAUAAAAAUCCUGCUUCCUCCCAGAGCAAACAUGGAGUGAAUGGCUUCUUUCAGCAGCAAAUGAUGUAUGACUCUCCACCGUCUCGUGCUGCAUCUGUUUCUGUAGACUCCAGCCUUUAUAACCUGCCCAGAAGUUACUCCCACGAUGUUUUACCAAAGGUGUCUCCAUCAAGUACCGAGGCAGAUGGAGAACUCUAUGUUUUUAAUACCCCAUCUGGGACAUCAAGUGUAGAGACUCAAAUGAGGCAUGUAUCUAUUAGUUAUGACAUUCCUCCAACACCUGGUAAUACUUAUCAGAUUCCACGAACAUUUCCAGAAGGAACUUUGGGACAGACGUCAAAGCUAGACACUAUUCCAGAUAUUCCUCCACCUCGGCCACCGAAACCACAUCCGGCUCAUGACCGAUCGCCUGUGGAAACGUGUAGUAUCACACGCACGGCCUCAGAUACUGACAGUAGUUACUGUAUCCCUACAGCAGGGAUGCCACCAUCACGUAGUAAUACCAUUUCCACUGUGGAUUUGAACAAAUUGCGAAAAGAUGCUAGUUCUCAAGACUGCUAUGAUAUUCCACGAACAUUUCCAAGUGACAGAUCUAGUUCACUUGAAGGCUUCCAUAACCACUUUAAAAUCAAAAAUAUAUUGACAGUGGGAAGCGUAUCAAGUGAAGAACUGGAUGAAAAUUAUGUCCCAAUGAAUCCCAAUUCUCCUCCACGACAACAUUCCAGCAGUUUUACGGAACCAAUUCAGGAAGCAAAUUAUGUGCCAAUGACUCCGGGAACAUUUGAUUUUUCUUCGUUUGGAAUGCAAGUUCCUCCUCCAGCUCAUAUGGGCUUCCGGUCCAGCCCAAAGACCCCUCCCCGAAGGCCAGUUCCUGUUGCAGACUGUGAACCACCCCCAGUGGAUAGGAACCUCAAGCCCGACAGAAAAGGUCAAAGUCCUAAAAUUUUAAGACCCAAACCCCCUGGUUUAGAGCGAACUGAUUCACAAACCAUAGGUGACUUUGCUACAAGAAGAAAGGCCAAGCCAGCACCUUUAGAAAUAAAACCUUUGCCAGAAUGGGAAGAACUGCAAGCCCCAGUUAGAUCUCCCAUCACUAGGAGUUUUGCUCGAGAUUCCUCUAGAUUUCCCUUGUCUCCCCGACCGGAUUCAGUGCAUAGCACAACUUCAAGCAGUGACUCACACGACAGUGAAGAGAAUUAUGUUCCCAUGAACCCAAACCUAUCCAGCGAAGACUCAAAUCUUUUUGGCAGUAACAGCCUUGAUGGGAGAAGCAGUCCUAUGGUCAAGCCCAAAGGAGACAAACAAGUAGAAUACCUAGAUCUGGAUUUAGAUUCUGGGAAAUCCACACCACCACGUAAGCAAAAGAGCAGUGGCUCAGGCAGCAGUGUAGCUGAUGAGAGAGUAGAUUAUGUUGUGGUUGACCAACAGAAGACUCUGGCUCUAAAGAGCACUCGGGAAGCCUGGACAGAUGGGAGACAGUCCACAGAAUCUGAAACACCAGCCAAGAAUGUGAAAUGAAAAUAUUGCUUCGCUGUUUCUGAAUAACGAGAACUGAAUUGUAAACAUAAAUCCUGUUUGAGAUGACCUGACAUUUCUAUUCUAGGUAGAUCCUCAACUGAGUACAAUUGAAGUCAGAGGACUUUUCACACAUAAUCAAGCAAUUUAGACUGUAAAUGGUGCUUUGUGGUAUCUCAACAAUCCAUAACAUGUAAAUAAUGUGGGAAAAUACUAUUGUUUAGCUCCCAGAGAAACAUUUGUUCCAUAGUUAACACACUUGUAGUAUUACUGUAUUUAUGCACUUUUUCAUUUAAAACGUUGGUUUGGGUAUUCCCAAAUGUUCCUUAACAUAAUUCCUUUGGGAGUUCUUGUUUUUCCUCACACUACUCUAUAUAACAAUACUAAGUUAACUAAGCUACUUUUAGAUUUGGAAAUUGCUCUUUAAACUGCACUCUAACAACAUUAAAAUGAGAAGUAGAUUUACAAUUUACCUGUCUACCUGAAACAUCAGGUGAUAGCCAUUAGCCUAAACUACACAGUAUAGACGGGCUCGUCAUUCACUGCGUUCCAAAGUGCUGAGGAUAAUAUAUGUACUGGUGUCAGGAACUAAUUCUCUGGUUCAUGUACAUUUAGUUUUCAAUGGUGGAACUUUAUUAUAUUUUGUUAAUUACAGUGUUUUUGGUUCAUUGAGUGAAGAUUCUGCCAGGUGGGAUCUUGCACCUUGGGAAGACUGAAUAAUUACACUAUCAAGUAAGCCUACAGAUCACUUACCGGCAUGCAGUGAUGAUGUGCUCUCACACUUGUUAACAUGUAUUAAACUUUACAUUAUUUGCAAAGAUAGAUUAUAUAACCAGGUACGUACCAGGCACUGAUGUGCUAAUACACUGAUCAGGUUUAGACAAUGAGCUUUAGUUGUGUUCUUGUUAGUCCUAAUAUUGGUUUCCAAUUUGGACUUAAGGAAACAUUCACUGUUAGUUAUAGCAACAUACUGUGAUUUUUUUUUAAUUAGACAGUAAUUCAGAUUUAUUACUCUAAGAAUGAAAUUCUAUCUUUUGACACCAUAGUGCCCUUUCUAUGAUUUUUUUAACUUUACUUAAUAUUCUUCUUGGCCUUAUAUUUAAAUCCCUAUGCAAUUAAUAUUUUAUAUCUACAUUUUUUUAAAAAAAUAGAUGUUCUAUAAGUGAUUCUUGUAUGUAGCACCAGUUGCUUUUCCAGUAAAAGAAUUAAGGAUUUUGUACUGUGAUUUAUAUUCACUGCCCUAAUUUGAGAAAUUUUGGAGUAUUGUUAUAAUGUGAAAUCUUAGAGUCAUGAACCUCUUCCAACCAGAAGUCUGAAAUCACCAGAGGAAUUAUAUAAUUCUGUCUCACCUGUAAUACGGUCCUGUGAUACGGAUAUCAAAACCACAAAUUAUAUAUAGUGAGACUACAGUUGUAUUUAUCUGUUUUGGCUUUGCAGUGUAAUUUAGAAAGCAGGUAUAAUUUGUUUGCUUGUUUUUUUAACUAAGUUACAAACAAUCUCUUAUGUAUUGAUUUGGGACUUACUAACAGUUUUUGGAGGAGGCAGAGAUAAGAGUACCCACAGCUGAGGCAUGACUCCCUCCAUUCAGACCUCUAACUGUUGCCUGAACACACAGAUGUGCCCUGAUUUCUGGUCUUUUGGCCAUAGUACUGUGCCUAAUCAAUGUAAUGGGUUUAUUUCCCCAAUCCACGAACUAAAAUUGUUCAUAACAAGAUGAAUUGUAGACUAGUAACAUUUGAUGCUUUUAAAUGUUUUCUUCUUUUUAAACAAAAACUAAAACUCAGAAGUGAAUUUUCAGAUGGAUUUUUAAAUAAAAAAGAUUGUUUGAAUUUGGUGUGCACAAGCUGUUUUGUAGUGAAACCACAAAAUAAAAUCCAAAGUUACUGAAGUGUGCCUAAACCAUUUACACAACACAGUUGAUGUGUGAAGAUGCUAAAUUGUGUUAUGUGGAAGAUGAAUGUAUUUUCAGAAUUAUAACACAAUAAGUAUAUUAUUAAUUCAAAAAUGGAAUCUUAUCAGAAGAGUUCUAAGGCAAAUAGACUUUUAGUGCAGUUUUUCAAUUUUUUACAAGUUACCUUUUUGAAGACCUGCAGCAUUCUAAUUGGUCGAAGUUUUUCCCAUUGUGCAGAGUAAUCUAAUAACUGAAAUGUGUUAGACAGUUUUAGCAAAUGAAAUCACAUUAUACAUCGUAUUAACAGAUUAAAAGAUAGUUUCUUACAGAGCAUUAUUUUCCAAACAUUUGUUGAAUAAAAUUUUGUGUAACCCCAACACAUAAAGCCUGAAAAGUUCGUUUUGUCAGUAUAAAUAUUUUGGGUUCACAUUUAAGUUUAUUUUAGUCCAUUACUAGGAAUAGAAUUUGUGAAUAACACAAUGUGUAAUUGGCAUUAUAGAGUUGGUGGAAAACCUCAGCAGCCCAUUUAUUUUUAUAUCUUAUUUUAUUUGCAUACUAUCAAGAAAAUUUGGGUUCACACAAACAUAAGUAAGUGUAAAUAAUAGCAGGUUUUAAACACACAUCUCAGGAGGUUCUUUAAUUAGAGAUAGCUGAAGUUAUAUUCCAAGGUUUAAAAAAAAUAAAUUAUUCUGGUAGUAGAAGUUAAUACAUAAGCAUUCUCCAGUAUGGUUUAAAAAAAAGGGGGGGGGAUAUUUAACACAUUAGAAUGUGCAUUUUUAUUAAGUUUUCAAAACUUAAUUUGAUUCAAACCUUUUGAAAACCCUAAUCACCUCCAAGAAGCUGAGUUUUGGCCCAGUGAGAGUUGAAAGCCACUGGUUAAUCAUGUGACAAAAGUCAGAAGUCUUUUUCUCCCACGUUUGAUGUUCUUACUUUCUAUUCCUUAUUUUGAAAAACUGUAAAAUCUUAUGAAGGUUUGAAUACCAAAGCACAGUUCUGCUUUCAAGAAUUGAAAUUUAAACUUGAAUAAUUUAAGCUACUUAAGCCACAAAAGGUAUCACUUAGUAAGCUAUAAAAGAUGAUUUUUAUCUACACUCUAGUUUAUACAGUUUCAUCUUUAUUUUCAUCAAUACCUUGUAAGCUACUGUGAGCAUUUUAGAGAAUUCCAUAAAGGUACUAUGAAUGUGUGUGUGUGUGUGUGUGUGUGUGUGUGUGUAGCAUUGUAUUUAAUCCUAGACUAAAUUUGAUACAGAAAAUACUGCUAUACUUGCAUCUUAAGGUCAUGCAUCAAUUUCUUCUGGACUCUUUGUAUUUAAUUAAUGGGGGUCACAAUCUUCGUAUUCAUAAAUGCAUUUAAACUGGAAAUUGAACACCAGUGUUUGUCUUUCUUUUUCUACUAGUAGGAAGUUGUCUGCUUACCCCCUUUAGUGAAAACGGUAUUUUUGAUGUUUUUUAAAAUGUUAGCUACUUUAUGCCUGUACUAUAGACACUGAUCAUAAUUCUUGGAUGCUUUCAAACACUCUUAGUGCCUCUUUCUUUGGCCCAUUGAAAGUACUGGUUAGUAGUAUUUUGAAUGAAUACAAAGCCAGUAAAGUUAUAGAGACAACGAGGUGAGCCUGUCCCUCCUAAUCCUGUCCUGGGUCAUUCCCGUAGGUCUUGUCCUUUAUUGUCAGAUAAGCAAUCAGCUCCAUAGCAGGGAUUGUACAUAUGACCAAAUCAAGUGAUUACAGGGAGAGAGACUUCUAUCCUAGGGUAAGACUUCUUGUCAGUAACAUCUGAUAUGUUAUAUGUAAAUCUGUAUGUAAUUUAAAAUACAGCUCUUAGAUGAAAAGCCAUGGUGUAUAUAAAUAAUGUAGACAUUAUGGACUUGAUAAGAUGAAAAGUUGAUUGUUGGGUUGUGGAGAUAAUUGGUUUUUACUCUGACUAAAUAUGUUUAUUACUACAACUUGAAAUUAAUUUAGUUUGUCUUCUCUUCCAUAGACGUAACUUUCUUUUGGUUCAUUAUAAUGUCUGUUAUGAGUCUCAACAAACUGUUUAGUCAACGGAUUAACGUAGCUUCUACUUUCUUAACAUAGAAAGACAUGGACUUGUGUGAGUUGUUGUAAUCUGAAUCAAUUGUUGAUAAUCAUCCCAAAUUUCAACAGCAAAAUCUUAUGUAUAAGUUUAUUUUUCCCUCUUGCACAACUUCUUUUGUAAAGAUCCAAUUGUAGAUAUUUUCUGCUACCAAAUAAAACUUUUCAAACAA